ACCUCGACUCAACUCCAAAACGUCGGGUAGCGUACAACUAAAAGGGCUGUUGGCUAGCUAAGGGCCUGGAUUAGCUACCAUGAAGGUCCUGCAGCUAGCUUUCUUGCUUUGCUCACUGCCAACUCUCUUUGCUCUCAAGACAGGCGACUGGAAGACGUGUUCCCAGUCCGCAUUUUGUCGUAGAGGCCGAGCUCUUUCUGCACGAGCUAAGGAGGGCGGGUCAAGUUGGAAAUCUCCUUAUUCUGUUGACCCGGCGUCGAUUUCUGUCUCACCGGGAGAGGCAGCGUUCUCUGCUGCCGUCAAGUCCUCGAUCUAUCCGGACGUAAAGUUCAAGCUAUAUUUACAGGUGCUUCAGGACGGUGUUGUACGCGUUCGUAUGGACGAGGCCGGUGGACUGCGAAAACGAUACAAUGAAGCAGCUUCUUGGGCCCUUAUUGCGGAUCCGAAGGUUACUAGUGAAAUUCGAUGGACGGUUGGCAAGAAAGAUGUACGCGCGGUGAAUGGUGAUAACACAGUCGUCGUGGAGCUCUCACCACUCAAAAUCUCGCUCUUGAGGAAAGGAAAAGAGGAGAUUGUUCUCAAUGGCGGAGGCUUACUACAUAUGGAGCACUUUAGGGAGAAGAAGGAACAACCAAAGGCCGACCCACCGCCUGAAGGCGAAGAACAAGCACAAGAAGUGCUUGAGCAAGCCACUGAGAAGGUUAAUCCGGCUGCUUGGUUUGAAGGUGAAGAGGAUGGGUGGUGGGAAGAGUCGUUUAAGUCUUGGACGGACUCGAAACCGAAGGGUCCCGAAUCUUUGUCCCUUGAUAUUGACUUCCCUCACCACGGACAUCUAUAUGGCAUUCCACAGCAUGCAACACUUCUAGAUCUUCCAACUACAACUGGAGAAUCACCAGCAUUUGAGGAGCCUUACCGAUUUAUGAACGCCGAUGUAUUUGAAUAUCUUGCCUCUUCGCCGAUGUCUCUGUACGGCUCCAUCCCGCUGCUGUAUGCUCACUCUUCCUCGGGUUCGACCGUUGGCGUCUUCCACGUUAUCGGAUCUGAGACGUGGAUUGACGUCGCACACCCACGCAAAGACUCAUCCCAUACGCACUGGGUCUCCGAGAGCGGAAUACUCGAUACGUUCCUCCUUCCUGGACCGACUCCCGAAGCUGUCGCUGCGCAAUAUGCUCGCCUUACGGGUACUCCAGUCAUGCCCGCACAAUGGGCGCUUGGUUACCACCAGUGUCGAUGGAACUAUGUUAGCUCGGACGAUGUACGCGGCGUGCAAAAACGCUUUGACGAGGAAGAUAUUCCUGUUGAUGUAUUCUGGCUUGAUAUUGAGUAUGCUGAGGAGCAUAAGUACUUUAUGUGGGAUAAGAAGAAUUUCCCUGACCCGGUUGAUAUGAUUAAGGAUGUCGAAGCUGUUGAGCGGAAGAUGGUAAUCAUCAUCGACCCGCACUUAAAGCGAACAAAUACCUAUCCUGUGUACGAAGAGGCUAAAGAUAUGGACAUCAUGAUCAAAAAGCCGGACGGGACGACUGAAUAUGAAGGUUGGUGUUGGUCAGGUAGCAGCGCUUGGGUUGACUUCUUUCACCCGAAGAGCUGGAGUUGGUGGAAGAAGCUGUUUAAGACUGAACCUUCGAAGGAUAGCACGUUCACUUGGGUGGACAGUACGGAGAACGUUGGGAUUUGGAAUGAUAUGAACGAACCGUCUAUCUUCAAUGGCCCUGAGAUCACGAUGCAGAAAGACAGCAUACACUAUGGUGGAUGGGAGCACAGAGACGUACAUAACAUCAACGGCAUGCUCUUCACAAAUCAAACCUGGCAAGCACUCUACGAGCGGUCAGAUCCGCCAAAGCGACCUUUCGUCCUGACCCGCUCCUUCUACGCGGGAUCCCAGCGGUACGGUGCCAUGUGGACGGGUGACAACCUUGGCACUUGGGAACAUAUGGAAGUCGGCCUCAAGAUGGUUCUCUCAAAUAGCUUGUGUGGAAUGUCCUUCUCAGGAUCUGACGUUGGCGGCUUCUUCGGGAACCCUGAACCUGAAAUGCUCGUUCGGUGGUACCAAUUGGGCGCGUUCUUCCCAUUCUUUAGGGCACAUGCGCAUAUAGACACAAAGCGGAGAGAACCGUAUUUACUUGAUGAGCCAUAUAAGAGUAUUAUUCGUGAUACUCUGCGGUUGAGGUAUAAGAUGCUUCCGGUGUGGUAUACGGCGUUUAGGGAGACGAGUGUUACUGGGUCUCCUGUCUUGCGACCGCAGUUCUUCGUAUUCCCUAACGAUGAGAGGGGUGCCUCUCUGGACGACCAAUUCUAUAUUGGAUCGUCCGGCUUGCUCGCAAAGCCGAUAACGUCGAAGGGUACUACGGAGACGACCGUCUACUUAUCCGAUAAACAACCCUAUUAUGACUAUUUCACGAAUCAUAUCCAUCGAGGUGGCCAAAAGAGCAUCACAGUCAAAGCUGAACUCGACCAAAUCCCAUUCUUCAUCCAAGGCGGUUCGAUCAUCCCCACACGCGAACGUCCUCGUCGUUCCUCACCACUAAUGAAGAACGAUCCGUUCACUUUGCGUGUUGCACUUGGUGCGUCGGGAAGUGCUCGUGGUGAGCUGUAUUUGGAUGAUGGCGACAGUUACGCACACGAACGUGGAGAGCUUAUCUGGCGAGAAUUCAACGCGCGUCCUGUAGACGGUAAAGGGAAGAAAGGAGUGAGAGUGAAGAGUGUAGACCUCGUACAUGCUUUCCCGAGUGAAGCUGUCGAUGAUAUCUCCUUAACUUCUUACGACCCAACAAACCCAUUUGCGGAGAGCGUGAAGAAGGUGAAGGUGGAGCGAGUCGUCGUACUAGGGUUGAGCUCGAAGCCGACUGGUGUGAAAGCUGAGAGAGAGGGAAGGGAAUUGGAAUGGGAGUUUGUUGAAGGUGUUUCGGCUAAGGGUGCGAAGGAAGGUACGGCGAGUGUCUUGACGAUCAGAAACCCCGGUUUGUUUGUUGCGCAGGAUUGGGAUAUUGUUAUUGAGUAG